UUUGCCCUUUGACAAAUGGAAAAGCCUAUUUGAAAACAAAAUCAGAAAACAAAAGUUCGUCCAUUCAUUCCAUCUCUAUAUAUAAUUUCCACAAGUGACACAACUUCCUCAGACAUAAACAGAUUUCUACACAAGCAUAUAAACUUUACAUAUCUGCAUUGCCAUUCAUUCGUCGUUAACCUAUAAGCGCGCUUUUAAUCGAGUCAUUGCAGGGAUAUAUAUAAUAUGGAUGCAGUGAAGAGAAUGAUGGAAGACAAACCAGUGGUGAUAUUCAGCAAGAGUGGUUGUUGCAUGAGCCAUUCCAUCCAAACACUUAUAUCGAGCUAUGGCGCAAAUCCUACUGUUUAUGAACUUGACGAGCUGCCUAAUGGCCAGCAGCUGGAGGCAGCGCUGGCAACCAAGUCAGGGAGCUUCCCAGCUGUGUUUAUCGGCCAACAGUUUGUCGGCGGAGCCAAUGAGAUCAUGAGCCUGCAGGUUAAAGGGAAGCUUGUCCCUAUGCUCAAGAAGGCAAAAGCAAUCUGGAUAUAGCACCAUCAAUUCAUCAAUGAUAAAUGCAUUAUAUCUAUAUCUAUAUCACUAACAAAAUGGAUCUUAUAAAAUCUCACUUAAACAACAACCAUCAGAUUAAUCAAGAUUAAAGCAGAGGAGAGGAAAAGUAUAGACAAGCUAUGUGUAAGAAGGCUUAGUUAGUGACAGCUUUUUUUUCAUGUAAAUCUUCUUGUGUAUCUAUCUUGUCCACUUAUAUAGAACCGACCUAUCAAUA